AGUAGAUAAAAGGAGCGAUCGGCGAAAGAGACCUCACUCUUCAUCACGCUCACUUUGACAACACUUGGAGAAUGGCGCGCUUCACCCCACUUCUGAUGAUCCUUCUUGCUCUUGUUCCACUGUACUACUCACUGGAUUGCAGAAAAUUCUCGUUUGCACCAGCUUGUCGUGGAAUCAUGCUCAAAAGAUCCGGAGGUCAUCCGAUGAUUGCGGAACAACAACCAAUGAUUGAUAAUGCGAAAGCCCGCGAAGUUCAAAUGAUGGAGCUCCUUAUCCGAAAUAUCGAAGACGAAGCGUUGAUUGCCAACUCAGACUGCGUCAGCAUGUCCUGGCUCCGGGAUCGUCUCGUCAACGCCAAGAACGAGAUGCCGCAAUAGACUGAGACUUCUUUAACAGAAUUCCUACCAAUAUAUACAACACUACCAACAAUAUACCAACUGUGAGAUCGAAUAAGUACCAACAGCCGAUACCAACGUGAGCACUUGUGACGAUUACUAAUUGAGGAGGAUGAACGCCGUAUUUCAGAAAUUUUAUCCAAUCCGCGGCUAACACACAACAAGCAACACUUCAUCUCUCUCUUUUUCACAACUUUUUUAUCAUAAUUUUUUAUAACUUUCUUCCACUUGUCGCCAUAUACCCUUCUCGAUAUCUUGGUUACUCUUACUCUCCUACUAAUAAAUAAAUCUGUUGAAUGAAC